CAGGCGCCGUAGGCCGAGGCGGAGGGACGAGCAGAGCCGGCGUGGGCGGGGCGUCCGAGGAGCGCCAGGCCAUGAAGGCCCACGUGUCUAUUAUCCUUCCAGUCCACAACGCUGAACCGUGGCUGGAUGAAUGUUUGAGGUCUGUUUUGCAACAGGAUUUUGAAGGCACCAUGGAGCUGUCUGUUUUCAAUGAUGCCAGUAAGGACAAGUCUGGGGCUAUCAUUGAAAAAUGGAGAGUGAAGCUGGAAGAUUCCGGUGUCCACGUGAUCAUUGGGGGGCACGAUUCUCCUUCUCCCCGAGGCGUUGGAUACUCUAAAAAUCAAGCAGUUGCCCAGAGCUCAGGGUCUUACCUUUGCUUUUUGGAUUCGGAUGACGUCAUGAUGCCCCAGCGGGUGAGGCUGCAACACGAGGCUGCCGUUCAGCACCCGUCGAGCAUCAUUGGUUGCCGAGUGAGGAGAGAUCCCCCUAACUCCACCGAACGAUACACACGUUGGAUCAACCAGCUGACGCCCGAGCAGCUCCUGACCCAGGUUUUCACCUCAAAUGGCCCCACGGUGAUCAUGCCCAGCUGGUUCUGCUCACGAGCGUGGUUCUCCCACGUGGGCCCCUUUGACGAGGGAGGUCAGGGCGUCCCGGAGGACCUGCUGUUCUUCUACGAGCACCUCAGGAAGGGCGGCGGCGUCAUCCGCGUGGACCAGAGUCUCCUGCUUUAUCGCCACCACCCACAGGCAGCCACGCACUCCAUCCUCGAGACGACCAUCUGGACCCACCGCGUCCGCUUCCUGGAAGAGCGGGCCCUGCCCCGCUGGGCGGCCUUCACCAUCUGGAAUGCCGGCAAGCAGGGGCGCCGGCUGUACCGCAGCUUGACUGCCACCAGCAAGCGCAAGGUGGUGGCGUUCUGUGACGUGGACGAGAACAAGAUCAGGAAAGGCUUCUACUGCCACGAGGACUCUGAGGAAAGACCCAAGCCCCGAAUCCCCAUCCUGCACUUCCGAGCCGCCCAGCCACCCUUCGUCAUCUGUGUGAAGCUGGACCUCACAGGGGGCGCCUUUGAGGACAACCUGAGGUCGCUGCACUUGCAGGAGGGCCAGGACUUCCUUCACUUCAGCUGACGGACCCAUGGCAGCUGCUCCCAGGAGAACAUACAGACUUAAGAUGCUCUAAAUUCAGCCACCAACUCUGCCACUGAUUUAUAUGCUGCUGUUGUCCAUUUUAAGCAGUUCUACAUGCUUUAAAAGAAAAUCCACAUAUAAGCCAUCCUUCUAUGUUUUUAUGGUCACAGUUUAUUGCUUCCCUUUCUCCACAUUCCUCCAACUAUCCAACUGCGAUCAUUUCCGUCCUGCCUAAAGUUUAUCCACUAAAGCAGUGGUUCUCAACCAGGGGCACCCCCAGAAGGUAUUUGGCAAUGUCUGGAGACAUUUUUUUUUCUUUUUGUCACAGCUGGGUAGGGGGAUCCUGCUGCCAUCUGGGAUGUUGCUGAACACCCUGCAAUACACAAGACAGCUCUCAAAACAAAUGACUCAACCCCAAAUAUUAAGCCAAGAUUAAAAAACCAAACAUGGAUAAGAAUGGCAUAUUUUUAUCUAAAUGACUUAAUUUUGUUCUCUUCUUUAAUGUUAUGCUGUGGGCACAAUUCAGGCAACUUGACAGCUAUUUUCGCUCAGCAUAAUGAAGAUCUUGGUCUACUCAUUGCUCAACUCCAGUGCUGCUGCUGGGAAAUUGGUAGUCGUUUAUAUCACUCUGUCCUUCUUACAGUUCUGCAGUUUCACCGUGGCAAGUCUAAAUGUGUGAGACUGUUAGGCUUCUGUAUCUGGGGACUGUUGCAUGUCAGUAUGGAAUAUCUGCAUCAUUUCAUUUCAUUCUGAGACCCCAAUUACCCAAAGGUUAGACAUUAUUCAGUGUCUCUUGAUGUUGCUUUCGUAUCUUCCAGUUCUCUGGAUUUUUUCAGAUCUUCCAGUUUUCUAAUUCUGUCUUCAGCUGUGUCUAAGUUAUCCAUUGAGCUUUUAAUUUCACUUCUUACAUUUCUAGGGGCUCUGUUUUUUUCUAAUCUCUUCUUGAUAAUUUCUAGCCCUUUUCAAAAAUGUACUCAUAUUAUAGCCUACGUUCUACCAGAGAGGUUUUGUAUUUGCAUCUUCUGCCCCUUGUCUGGGAAUACCACUGGUCAGGGCCAAGUCAAUCAAAUUUUCCACUUUAGGAGUUUUGGGGAUCAUACAGGUAGUAUUAAUUCAGGCCACUUCAGGGGAGAUUGAGGUAAGAGUCUUGCUGCUGUUCCUUUGAAAAAGAUUUAUUUAGGGUCCCAGCUUUAUAUAGCGGUCCAUUAGAUCUGGCCCUGGGCCUUACAUUCUCUCAUCCAUUCUGCUAUCAAAAUAGCAUGACUAGACUCCAGGGUUCAGCAGAAACCCUCAGGAUCUCCAAGGUCUCUGCUGUCACAUGGAGGGUUUCUGGUUAGCGCCUAGAACGUGUUUGUGGGUGCACAAAUCCCACAUCAGCUCCCCGGUCCCAGGGAUACUGGCUUCUUGCUGCUCUCUAAACUCACAAAGCUUGCUCCACUUCUGGGACCACAAGCAUUCUCUUUUCUGCCAUUGGGCACAGUUUGUUUGGACUUCUGCCCAAAUGCUGCCCCUUCACAGAGUGUUUUCUGAACACCUCUUCUCGGAGUCAACACCCAACACGCCGUUCCAUUGCCCACUUUAUCUUUGUUCGUAGCACUCAGUAUUGCCUGCCUUGAUGGUACUUGCUUGUUAUUUGCUAUUGUCUGCCCCAGCUAUCAUGUGAGCAAGGGGUUCCUUGCCAAACUCCAUCACCUGGACCCUGGUGGGCUCCAGAAACGGCUGCUGAAUGAAAGUGGGCUUUCCAGGCCACCAGGUGUCUGGUGAGCACAAGUGCCCCAGUGAUGGAUGGGAUCCAGUGGGAAAGAAGCAGUGGCCAGUGGAGUGAUCCACUUUCCUCGGGUUGCUAAGUUAGACCGACAUUGAAAGAAGAACUGCUUUGCCACAUAGUGUCACUGCUGGGUCUGGGUGGGUAAUCGACCUGCCUGCAUGUCUUAAAAUGCGAUUUAUCUGGAAUCUUCUUUUAAUUGGACUAAGAACAGUUCAUCAUGUUUUUCUCAGAAGCCACUUAUUCCCUCCAUCCUCGGUGCUUCCCAGGCCAGCAGGAGCUUCCUGAGCUACAGGCAUGGCAACAGUGCACCCCAGUUCCACACCCAGCAGGCGCAACCAGUCUUGUGUGUGCUGACCACAGGAGCCGAGCCUUUUCCUGCAUGUGGACUCAUGCAGCCAAGGCUGGGCCUGGUCACCCAGGAUCCUCACCAUGUGACCCCAGCCAAUCGAGGGGACAGUUCAAGGAGGAGACCCCUAUUAGACAGGUUGGAAUAAAAUGUUUAAAUCUUGUAAAAAUGUAACCCAAGGCUCUUUUAAGGGAUAAAGACUAUUGGCCACCAGGUCAAACACAAGAACUGUAGUGUGUUAACCCCACACUCCUGUGUGGCCAGGUCAUCACACACAUCCCGUGAAGAGCUGUCUGCUAAAGACAGCAUGGACUGUCACAGUCCUGGCCUUGUGGUCCUGGUGACCUCACAAGUGAGAACCACAACUGAGCCUUGCCUCACAGAUGUGGGUGGCACCUCCCAGUUCUUGGCUUGCCCAUGUUCCUGUGUCCAGGCCCCAUCCCCACCUGAGAGCAGGCCGGGGAGCCACCCUAAUCUACGCCACGCACACGGCACCUGGCACCCCUGGGCUCCUCACACGGGAAAGGGCUGCUCACCCAAGCCCUUGGGCCUCCGAGUGGCCACACCUGGGGCUGCUGGCCGUGGUUCUGCACCUCAAGCCCUGUGAGCACAGCACAGGUCCCAGAGAUGGGUGUGGGUUGCUAUCACAGUGAAAUUUUUAUACACGUUCCCCUCACCAAGCUUUGGGAUGGAUCAGCACGAGCUCAGACACGGAGACAAAGGUAGCCUCCUGCCCUUUGCUUAAAAACCCAAGUGUAGACUCUGCCCAGGCUCUCCUAAGACAGACAGUGUAAUCAUUUCAAGAAUGGUAUUUCCCACAUUAUUGUAGAGGCACACAUUGGACUCACUCUGACGAUUCCCCUUGCAGCAGACGUGUGAAGCUGCUGGUCUGCACACCCAUCAAUCAAUGACUCCUGCACUACAGAGGGACCACGUGCACGAUGCUCACAUGUGCACAGGGGGGAGGACGGCACCCCCACCAGGGAGACAGGCCCAGAAACAGCAUCUGCCCAGCACUCCAGACCACGCCUGCCACCAGGGCUUCUCAGUUCUCUGGCAUUUGAACCUCUGAUUUAACAUUCAUCUCUCUCCAAGACUGGGCGGGGCACCGCCUGUGGCCAGACGUCUCCCACAGCAGGGACAGCACCAGGCAAGAAGGGGACCUGGUCUCCAGGCAGGGGGAGUGGAGCCCACCUCCCCUCUGGCUGACCCCUGGGCAGUGAGCCUCUCCAUCACCCCUACACACAUCAGGCUCAGAGACAAAAGGCAGGAACUUCUUGGUACAUGAUUUUAUAGGAAGCACAUUUGUGUUCAAGUGAAGGCAGAGGCAUCCACCCCAGGUCACUAGAGCACAGGUGCAGAGAGGAAAAGCUGUCAGCUGGUGGCACCACUGUGCCAGGCUUUCCACACCGGCCUCCUUCAGGAACAAGACAUCCUCACCAAGCAGGGUGAGGUAUGGGCUCCGGUAUGGGCUCCAGGACUGGCUUCAGCAGGCACCAGGCUGAAGAAGAGACAAGACAAGCUCAGGCUGGUCAGCUCCCUCACACACCAUUCCCAGCCAGGGGACCCUCGCCCCUCUGGGCCCUGUGUGGGGACUGACACUGGGUUCCUGCAGGAAACUCUUAUUUGUGCCAUUUCCCACACACCCGGGAGCCCGAGCUAUGUGGUUGACAGGUGCUGAUGACUAACGUGUCCUCAGAAGGGCACCCCAUCUGGGCAUGCUGCAUCUGGGGAGCGGGAAGGGAGGUUCACUGCACUGCUCUUAACCUGCAUUCACACGUUUGAAAUUUUUCCUAAUAAAAAUGUAAAAAGCACAUUUAA